GUCGGCGACCUGGACGUAGUGAAGACUAUGGGAAAGUUUCCGUGAACUUGCCUGAGUGUAAGCGAGUCAGAAUAAGCGGAUUUGCGUGCAAGUUCCAAGCAAGAUCGGGCUCGCUCGUGAAGUAACUGGUGAAAUGCAAAGUGUCAGAAGGCUGCUAGAGCUCAGCUCCCCCAAAAUUAUAAAAGCGGGAAAACUCAAGACAAAGAAAUCCAACAAGGCUAGUGACUUCAGUGAUAUGGCAAACUGGCCAACGCCAGGUGAACUAGUGAACACAGGGUCUCAGAGUGUUAGCAGCCAAGGAAAUAAGAAGCCACAAUUUAGAAAAGAAAAAGAAGAGAAGAUUGAAAAAAGAAGCAACAGUGAGAGCAAAGAGAACCGGGAAGCAAAAUUAGAUGGUCCUGUUGAGAAUGUCAGCGAGGAUGAGGCUCAGUCAAGCAGUCAGCGGAAGAGAGCUAAUAAGCACAAAUGGGUACCACUCCACUUGGAUGACGUGAGACCAGACAGCCAGGAAAGACCUGGGUCCCGGAACAGCUCUAGAUGUCAACCUGAAGCAAAUAAACCAGCUCACAGUAAUAGGAAAAGUGAUACAAGAAGUUGGAGACGGGAUAGAGAAAAGAGAGAUGAUCAAGAUGAAGUAUCCAGUGUGAGAAGUGAGGGUGGUACCAUCCGAGGUUCUGCAAGAGGCCGGGGAAGAGGCCGGGGCCGGGGAAGAGGCCGAGGUCGAGGAAACCCUAGAUUGAACUUUGAUUAUUCAUAUGGUUAUCGAGAGCCAGGGGAAAGAACUGAUCAACCAUUUCCCACAGAGCUUAACACCAGCAUGAUGUAUUACUAUGAUGAUGGCACAGGUGUGCAGGUAUAUCUUGUGGAAGAAACACUGCUUAAAGAGUACAUUAAGCGCCAAAUUGAGUAUUACUUCAGCACAGAGAACUUGGAGCGGGACUUCUUUCUUCGAAGAAAGAUGGAUGAGCAGGGAUUCCUGCCCAUUUCACUGAUUGCUGGUUUUCACCGUGUACAAGCUCUCACCACAAACCUUAAUCUCAUCUUAGAGGCACUGAAGGAUAGCACAGAAGUUGAAAUUGUGGAUGAGAAAAUGAGGAAAAGGAUAGAACCAGAAAAAUGGCCAAUCCCAGGCCCUCCUCCACGAAAUGUGCCACAAACAGACUUCUCUCAGUUGAUUGAUUGUCCAGAGUUCAUACCAGGCCAGGCCUUUGGCUCCCAUACAGAGUCUGCCCCAAACUCUCCAAGAAUUGGAAGUCCACUGAGCCCAAAGAAACAUACAGAAACAAGUACUAUCCGAGUGAUGUCUAGAGGUUUGUCUACCAGCUUACCUGAUUUGGACUUAGAACCAUGGAUAGAUGUGAAAGAGAGGCAUCGUCCAUCCUUGGUGAUAUUAAAGAAAUCAAUGUCUGUACUUGAAGAGACAUCAAGUCAACUAGCCUUUCUGGAAGAACCAGAACGAGAAGAACGUGAGUUUUUGUUUGAUGAAGAGAUGGAACAGACAGACAGAAGGAAAAAGACAUUUAAUGAUUGGUCUGAUAAUGAUUCAGAUUAUGAAAUUGAUGACCAAGAUUUAAACAAGAUUUUGAUUGUAACUCAGACACCACCUUAUAUGAGAAAGCACCCUGGAGGAGAUCGAACAGGCACCCAUACAUCACCAGCAAACAUUACAUCAGAACUUGCUGAAGUGAUUAAUGAUGGCCUGUAUUACUAUGAACAGGACCUAUGGACAGAAGGUGAAAACCUGCGCACAGCCAUAAAGGUAACGAUUUCUGAAAUGACUUCAGCAACAGAGACUCACACAAUGCCCUCUGUAGUUCCUGCAUCUCCCAGGAUUCAUCCUGCAUGGACUCCCAAAGCAUGUCAAAUGCCUUGGUUGCAAGUUCCUAACAGAACACUGAGAUUUUAUCCUGUUGUCAAAGAACCAAGAGCCAUUGAUGUAAAGAGUCCACGAAAGAGGAAGACGAGUCACAGCACAACCCCCCCUCUAGAGUGUCACGUUGGGUGGGUGAUGGAUUCCAGGGACCAUGGGCCAAGACCACCCUCUGUCAGCAGUUCAAAUGCGUCACCUUCCGAAGGUGCACCACUCACAGGAAGCUGCAGCUGCACUCCUCACUCAUUCCCAAAGUUCCAGCACCCUUCUCAUGAACUGCUGAAGGAAAACGGAUUCACCCAACAAGUGUACCACAAGUAUCGUCGAAGAUGUUUAAGUGAGAGAAAACGCUUGGGAAUCGGACAGUCACAGGAAAUGAACACCCUCUUUCGUUUCUGGUCCUUCUUCCUCAGAGACCACUUCAAUAGGAAAAUGUAUGAGGAAUUUAGACAACUUGCUUGGGAAGAUGCAAAAGAGAAUUACAGGUAUGGGUUAGAAUGUCUUUUCAGGUUUUAUAGUUAUGGACUGGAAAAAAAAUUCAGACAAGAAAUUUUUAAGGAUUUUCAAGAAGAAACCAAAAAAGACUACGAAUCUGGCCAGCUAUAUGGACUGGAAAAAUUCUGGGCCUAUUUGAAAUAUUCUCAAUCUAAGACACAGUCUGUGGACCCAAAACUUCAGGAGUACCUCUGUAGUUUUAAGAAGUUAGAAGACUUCCGUGUUGAUCCCCCUAUUAGUGAGGAAUUUGGAAGAAAAAGACAUUCAUCUACUUAUGGGGAGGAGAGUAAUCGCCAUAGACUUCCAUCUCACUCCUCCACACCACCACCAAGUGUUGCUCAGUCUGCAUCUGCCAGUGAACCACAGGAGAAAUCCUCAGGCACCCAGUGACAACUCAUACCAUGACAGUGCUGCCUCGGCCUCCAUGGGUGAAGUACCAGGGAACUAGAUGCUUCCACAAAAGUUGUGUGUCCUUGAAAUCAACAGCAGCAUCUUCUGAUGUUUAAUUGUGAUAAUCAGAAAACAAAAAGGAAGAAAAAUGGUUGUCUAUUUUUCUAGCAAGAUAAAUUCUACACGUUUACCCCGAUUCCACAAACAAACAAGGUCUGGUUGACGUUAGGAGAUCCUGUAGUAAUGCACUUUGGCCUCAGAUUUUCUUGAAGGCCAAUGUUUACAAGAGCAAAAUUCCUUUAAUACAUUUAAACACACACACACACACACACACACACACACACACACACACACACA